AUGUUCAAGUAUCUCAACAGUCAACGUGAAAAAGAACAGACAGAGAAGGAACUAACCCGCAUUAAAAAAGAACUCGCCCGCGAAAAAAGAAUACUGGCCGCGGAGGAGAAGCUCUUAGCAAAACUUAAAAAAGUGGAAGUUCAACUCGAACUUCACUUAGCCGAAUAUGAAAGGAUUCCGGAUCGUCCAUGGAUCAUUGCUCCAGGAAAGAUCGAGACCUUGACAGUGCUCGCUCACGAUAAAGUUCUCGAUGUUAUGGCAAGACUAGAGCAAGAGUUUGACAGAACUCACGACCAGUUAAAUGCAAUCCCCAACGAUCUUUUCUGA